AUGGUUUUGACGCUGGGCCUUUUUUGCUUUGUCCGGCCGAGGGACGACGACGCCGUGCUGGUCCUCAAGCGCCAGGGCCGCGUGCUGCUGCUCAAGACCGAGCGGCCAGACUUCUUCUCUGGCGACUUACCCCGGGUUCUCCUGCGGAUUUUUCAAUACAUGCUUAUACUAUUGGUAAUGAUGUCAAUGCCCGUGUUGAUAGGGGCACUCGUGACAGCAGGCCCAACGGUGGAUGAUGGCGACGUGGAGGUAGUGAGGAUCGUGAAGAGCAUCCAGCAAAACAUGGACAAGCACCUGAUGGCGAUGCUGCGGGAGAAGUCCGCAGAGGUGGUGACUGUGUACGUGUUGUCGAUCUUGUUGCUUCUGUUCUUCAUGUGGUCCACCUGCCCGCACGACUACGGCACCCAGUACCUCCAGAGUCACGCGGCCAAGUCUAUAGUUGCGGGCCAGUUCGGCUUCACGGGCGUCAGCUUCCGCCGCAGGGCCUAUCUGCGGCUAUAUUUUGGCCGCUUCCCAGACCAGGCGGUGGCAGAUCGCUCCACAGGGCUCACUGGUGGCCGGGUGUGUGGCCCCGUGCCGCGCGAGGAGCUCGUGAAGGCCGGGGAUCAGCUGGGGCGCCGGCGCCAAGGCGUCGGCGGGUCCCGGCAGACCAGCCAAGGCGGCAUCCUCGCCUUCACAGCCAUGGUGUCCGUCGUUACGGUGAUGUUCGACGUUUCAUGCUCAUGCAAUUUUUUCUUCAUCUCACGUGGCUGGAUCGCUACAAGGGCGUGGAGCACCUGGCCAAGAUCGAGCAGUUCUGCAUGCACACGGCGGAAGAGAGCGGCUGCACCGGGGAGGCGUGCACCGAAUGGGCGCUGGACAAAGGCUACUCGCCUCGAUUCUGCGUCGGCGUGCUUUGGUACACCGACUCCGCGGGCUCCCAGAUCGAGACGGACGAGGCGCGGGCAAAGUGCCUGGAGCAUGGCCUGCAGCCUCCGUGCUGCGGCGGCUGCGUGA